AUGAACCCAACAGCCAAAUUGAUCGAAUCCACCUAUAGUGCGGUUCCUCUAGAUGAAGUCCUUGGGACGGGUCUCUUCUCCAUGUCUCAAGCUGAAAAAUCUGAAGGAUGGUUGAAAGAAGCGAGGAUUGGUGAACACACACCAGAGACAGAAGAGUACGGAAUAGGGAGUUUUACCUAUCGGGAGCUCAAACCGUUUCAACCAUACAAGCUACAUGCGACACUCCAAGCCAUGAUAGACAAGACGGAACCUCCUUUUGAUACAAGCACUGUACUUCGUGCGAAAGGCUUCGUUUGGCUCGCUAGUUUCCAUCAGAUUCAAGGAGACCUCUCUCUGGCGGGAAACCAUUUCUCAUUGCUACCCGGUAAUCCGUGGUGGGCCGAGAUCGACCGGCAGGACUGGCCAGAAAACCUAGCUCGCGAUAUACAACAAUUAUGGCAUGAGCCCUAUGGAGACCGACAACAAGAAAUUGUCAUUAUUGGGCAGUCUCUGGACAUGGAGCGUAUCACGAAAGCGUUAAACGAAUGUUUGCUAUCAGAUGAUGAGAUGGAAAAAGGUCAAGAAGCUUGGAAUACCCUCUUCCAUUGA